UAUUGAAGGUGGUUAAUAAUAAUUAUAUUCAUGAAUUCCAAAAUCAUUCUAAACCGUCCUUCUCAAGACAUUCUGUUAUUCUCAGAUCUUUCUUUCAUUGAUGCAGAGCCCUCUCCUCAAAUUCCAAAUUCUUCAGUCAAAUUCACAAACACUCUUCGAUUGAACAAAGGUAGAGCUAACAGGGCUGACUUCCGUUCAUCUUCUAUCACCAAAAAUCCCAAUGCCACCACCAAGCCCCUUCAUUGCCACUUCCAAAGAAAACCCAAAAAAAAGCUCAAAGAUUAUAAACCAAUGACCUAUGACCCUAAGAUCUGUGCUACUUGGAGAGUCCUUAGCUUGCCUAAGACUUCCAAAGAGGGUCUCAGAAGUAUUCCCUCGAGCGAAAUUCUUAAAAUCCUGCUCAUAUAGCCAGCAUAUUAAGCAAGACUCCAAUACCGACUCUGUAUAACUUAUAACUUAAUUAUAAAAUCAAACUCCACUUCUCUCACAAUCCAUCACCUAAAUCUUUCCUACUAUUUUCUCAUUCUUGGUUAUUUUCAGUCUUGUCCAGCACCGGCCCUUCACCAUACCCCCUCUAGCCUUCCUUUACUAAUAUCUCUUCUGUUAACACCCAAAGUUUUAUAAGGUCUAUAGUUAAAGACAGUUUCCUAUAUCUAUAAAUAUCGAAAGGAAGUAGGCCUGUUUAAAAUGCUCUUUUAUGCAAUAUUUGUUCAAACUUCUCUUCCCACUAACCUAGUUCCCGAAUUAAAGAAGUAGUUAGAUUAGAGUUUUCAAAGUUGGUACAUCUCGCACCAUGACUGAAAUAGUUUACAGGGAAGGCUAUAGUUAAAACUAAUAUCUCUUAUCAUUAUAUUUCAGCAAGUAAAUUUUUGAGGAGUAAUUGGCAUCCUCCUCUUGAAAUAAAAACUAGCUUAUCAUAAUACUUCAAGAAACAAAACUUCAAAUGGCAAGAUCACAAUAUUUUUGAUCUUCGAUCUCUUCAAGAAGCAUUCUGAGAAUAUUUUCAUUCAUUUUAUUAUCAACCCAGAUAGAGCUGAUUGAGUGCUAGCAGUGGAGCUCUACUAUCAAUGAUGACUUAGCAUAGAAACUCUUUUAGUUUUGAUGAAUAAGAGCAUUACUUGAUAAAUUUCUGGAAAUUUUUACCAAUUUAUGGGCAAUUUUGAGGUGCAAAAAGAUCUCCAAUGCUUUAUACCACGAAGAGAUUACAUAAUUAUCCAAUAAAUAUCAUUGUCAAAACUAUCCACCCAGUUGACUAAUCUUCCAUACUUGUUCACCUAACUUAGGUCUAAAAUACUGAGACUUUGCAAUAUUUGUUCUAACGAUACAGAUGUUUCAUAAGCAUCGCUUAUGUAUUUAAAGGAGCUAUAAGGUCAAAUCUAUCUAAUCUCUGUACUCCUAUAAACAAAUUGUGAUAAGGUCAUAGGGUAGCUAAAUAUUCUUUGACCUGAAAUUCAUGAAUCUCUUCACCAUAAAUCAUUAAUAUUUCACUAAAAUUAAAGAUCUAAAAAGAUAGGAAAUCCAAAUUAGAGACGUCCGAUUCCAAACAGACCAUCUACAGUCCCAAAUCUUCCUAAUCACCUCAUAAAAACCGGCACCACAACACAUCCCUGUAACCAGACCUCUCUGCCCACCUCCAUUUUCCACCCCAUCCAUCCCACUGGUCACUACUGCCAAGCUAUAAAUUUCCCUGUGCCUCGCUGAAUUCCUAAAUUUUGGGGCUAACUUCUUAAGCAAGAGCUGUCAGGGAUAAAUAACCCAAUUUCCUAACCCGCCAAGAUGACUCAAAUCCAGUCCUAACCACUCCUAUUUCC